AGUUUUUAACAUGGAGUUUUGGAGUUUGAGCAGAGGAAUUUCAUGGUUUCAACACAGUUUCAACCACUGAUGUAUGGACUCAGAAAAAGGAACUCGGUAGAAGAUACCAGACCGAUUUGGGUUCUAGCUAGUGGUUUUUCUAAAACCACUCAUUCGAUCAAAUAAGUAAGCCCCAGUAGGUGGUAAUACUGUUAACCAACGGCCACUCUCCUUCAAGAAACCAGUUGGAGUAUUGAUACGCGGGCCUCAUAAUCUCUGUUCAAACUUUUAGGGCGUUGGAUUCUUUGUAAAGCGGUGCAACAUUCAAAGUUCUUUUCUGAUACAAGUCAGUAAAGCUCUGAUGUCACCCAGCUCCAAAAUGGGUGAUGGGUUGAAGCGGCAGAGGUGGGAGUUUAGGAGGAGGGACAGUGACAUGGAUUCUUCAAGUGAUGAGUCUAAAUCAAGUAGUGAGGCGGCUCACAAGAAGCAUAACCUGGUUUGCAGUUUGAUUCCACUUGAAAAUGAUGAAGCAAUUGGUAACUGCAGAGUCCAGCAGACUGGCAUGUGCAAUCCUAAGGAUGAUCAGAUCAUGUUUCAGAAAGGCAAAAGGGUGCAUCUUAGGAGGAGGAAAAAGGAUAAUUGGAUUAAUAAUGACAUGGAGAGGGAUUCCCGUAAAGAAGUUACUAGAAAAAAGAGUAGAAUUAGUGUUUACGAUCCUGCUGCUUUGGAUGAACUUAAAAUCUUCAUGGAGUCCUUAUUGGAGGAUCUUAAAGUGACAAGAGAAAAUUUGUUUUCAUGGAUGAGGAAGGAAAUGCAAGAAUUGGUGGCUGAUGAUGAUGCUGCUCCACAUCUUGAGCGAAGAAAAGGAAGUUCUGGAGGGAAAAAUGUCCGAGUACAGAAUGGUGACAACUUUGUAGAAAACACCAUCUCUAAGGAGCACAUACAGGUGCUUAAUAAAAGAAAACUUGAGGAAAACAUUAUGAUUCAGCAUCAAAACAAUUUUGAUGAAAAUGUCCUGGUGCAAUGUGAAAGCAACUCUGAGCAGAAUGCAUGCCCAGAUCAUCAUAACAAAUUUAAGGAGACCUUCCAAGUGCAGCAUCAGGGCAACUUUGAAAAAGUAAAUGUUCAAGUGAACUAUCGAAAUAACUCAGACCUUGGCAUGGAAGCUCAAAAAUGUGAUACGGGAUCAAUAGAGAGGAGUGUUAAAAGCAAUACAGCAGCGGGUUAUGAUAAUUGCUAUCCUUUUAAGCCAAAUUUUCAAUCUGCAGACAAGAAUGUGUGGAUGCAGCAUGAAAAGAACUAUCUAUCAGGCACAAGUGCUCAAGCUUACAGUGGUAGAUCUUUAGAGAGCCCUUUAAUAGGCAGAAAGAUGGCUCAAUCUAAUUAUUUCUAUCCAGUAAUUGAACAUCGAGUUGAUCGUGUUCAAGAAAUUGGAGCCGAAACAUCAUCUGAAAUGGAUAGAGGUGAGAGGUUGGGAUUACCUAUUGAGUCCACUUUUUCUUCCAAUCUUUCCAGUCAGGUAGCUUCGUCAAUGUAUUUGUCAUUACCCACUGUGUUAACUGAGCCCUGUGGUGAGAACCAUAUGCUUAGUACUUCUUCAAGCAAAUAUAUUCGAACACCAUUUGAUAGAAACAAACUAGAUGUGAACUAUGGGAAGGCAAAUCCAAUGCUCAAAGUAAAUGGUCAUCAUGGAAAAUCAUCAGGCAUGCAGCAAGAAGAAAGAAACGGAAGCUUUGCUCAACUAGGGUCCCAAAAUAUGAGUUGUUUUGAUAAACAAUGCAUCCCAAGUUCAAGCAUUGGAACAGGAUUCCCAGUUCCACUUCAUCAGGGUACGGACAUUGGUGUUAGCAUUCCAAGCCAAGUAAGUUUGCAAUACCUACCCCACGAAGAAACAAACAUAAUGGGUUUAAGGAUGGACGAAGGAGCCUCAACGUUCUCUGGUGGAAGCUAUACUGCUAUAUCAGAAGGCUAUCUUGCCAACACCUUUUACAGAAAUUCCAUUAGUAAAGCUCAUGACAGACUCAAGGCAUUUCAAAAUCAAGACCUUGAAGAGGGCCUUUUAUUCCCAAAAUAG